UCUUCGGUUCGGUUUUACCUUGGUGCGUCUUUUUGUCAUAGGCAUGUUAGUAUUUUUAUUAUUGACUUGAUAUGUACAAUUUGCACGCAACCAAACACCUCACCUCUAAAACUUGCUUUUCCAUUCAACACCGUUAACUCUCUCGUUGGUGCCAAGCUCAAUUUCUGCAAUCGUUUGUUCCCAGCUUCAGGCACCGAAUGAGAAUUAAUUUAUCAAUUAUGUAUUACCUUUGUUUGGCUUCGAUUCGUUAAUCUGACUCGUUAUUCUGAUCGCUGCUAAGGACUGGAACAAUCGAGAUGCUUAUUGUUAUUGAACUAGAAUAUUCUAUUUUUUAGCGAAUAUGCUCUCUUACGAAGCGUUAGACGCUUUGGAUUGGAGGAGCGUGCUGAACAUUUUCGACCUUGAAGGUAUAAAUAGCAACUGCGACGCUUAUAUUUGUUGGUAAGAGAGAGGUUGAUUUGCUAUCAUGUCUUCCCUUCAACUGUACCAACUAACUCAGCAUGGCCGGAGUUUUCUGGCUUCAAGGAGAAAAACUUUACUACUAGCAACUGGUAUCUUAGUUGCUGGUGGAACUGCUGCAUAUGUACAGUCAAGGUCUAGAGUUAAUAAACAUGAUUUCUUAGCACAUUCCAAUGAGCACAAUAACGAAAAAGAACUCACAAAGGAGGAGGUUAGGAGAGCAACUUCUGCACCGCCAAAUAAACAAAAGAAAGGAGGGUUGAAAUCACUUCAAGUCCUUGCUGCAAUUCUUCUAUCUGAGAUGGGUCAAUUAGGUGCAAGGAACCUUUUAGCUUUAGUUUCUAUAGUGGUGCUGCGAACCACUUUGAGCAACAGACUGGCCAAAGUGCAAGGCUUCCUAUUUCGUGCUGCUUUUCUUCGACGUGUUCCUUUGUUUUUUCGGCUAAUUUCAGAAAAUAUUCUUUUGUGUUUCCUCUUAUCAACUAUACAGUCUACAUCAAAGUACAUUACUGGGACUUUGAGUCUGCACUUCCGGAAAAUACUGACUAAACUUAUCCAUUCUCACUAUUUUGAGAAUAUGGUGUAUUACAAAAUAUCACAUGUCGAUGGUCGAAUAACUAAUCCAGAGCAAAGAAUUGCCAGUGAUGUGCCUAGGUUCUGUUCAGAGUUGAGUGAGAUUGUACAGGAUGAUUUAACUGCGGUGACUGAUGGACUGUUAUACACUUGGCGGCUGUGUUCAUAUGCAAGCCCAAAAUAUGUCUUUUGGAUACUGGCUUACGUACUUGGAGCUGGGGCUGCUAUUAGAAACUUCUCUCCUUCUUUUGGUAAGCUUAUGUCCAGAGAGCAGGAAUUGGAAGGAGAUUAUCGACAGCUUCACUCACGAUUACGGACUCACUCAGAAAGUAUAGCAUUUUAUGGUGGAGAGAGGAGAGAAGAAGCUCACAUUCAGCAGAAAUUUAGGACCUUGGUUAGACACAUGAAUAGAGUGCUACAUGACCAUUGGUGGUUUGGCAUGAUUCAGGAUUUUUUAUUGAAGUACCUUGGUGCCACUGUUGCUGUUAUUUUGAUCAUUGAACCUUUCUUUUCUGGCCAUCUAAGGCCUGACAGUUCAACUUUAGGGCGUGCAGAGAUGCUAAGCAAUUUAAGAUAUCAUACUAGUGUCAUUAUUUCCCUAUUUCAGUCUCUAGGAACUCUUUCUAUCAGUGCAAGACGGCUCAAUCGACUCAGUGGUUAUGCUGAUCGCAUUCAUGAGUUAAUGGCCAUAUCAAGAGAGCUAAGCCUGGAGAAUGAGAAAUCUUCAUUGCAAAGACAAGGAAGUAGAAAUUGCAUAAGUGAAGCUAAUCAUGUUGGAUUCUAUGGUGUCAAGGUUGUGACCCCCACUGGUAAUGUAUUAGUGGAUGAUCUGACUCUUAAGGUUGAGACAGGAUCAAAUCUUUUGAUUACAGGUCCAAAUGGCAGUGGGAAGAGCUCAUUAUUCCGGGUUUUAGGUGGUCUUUGGCCUUUGGUUUCUGGACAUAUUGUGAAACCUGGAGUUGGGUCUGAUCUUAAUAAGGAAAUCUUUUAUGUGCCACAAAGACCAUAUACUGCUGUAGGAACACUUCGUGAUCAAUUAAUUUACCCUCUUACUGCAGAUCAAGAGGUUGACCCACUUACAGAUAGUGGGAUGGUGGAGCUAUUGAAAAAUGUUGACCUUGAGUAUCUGUUGGAUCGAUACCCGCCUGAAAAAGAGGUAAACUGGGGUGAUGAACUUUCAUUGGGGGAGCAACAAAGAUUAGGCAUGGCUAGACUUUUCUACCAUAAACCUAAGUUUGCCAUUCUUGAUGAGUGCACUAGUGCUGUCACCACUGAUAUGGAAGAACGGUUUUGUGCUAAAGUUCGGGCCAUGGGAACAUCAUGCAUUACAAUAUCACAUCGUCCAGCUUUAGUUGCAUUCCAUGAUGUGGUUUUGUCCUUGGAUGGUGAGGGAGGGUGGAGUGUUCAUUAUAGAAGGGAGGACUCUUCUACUGAAUUGGGAAUUGAUACAAUGAAGGUAUCAGAUACAAAACGACAGAGUGAUGCAAAGGCAGUUCAAAGGGCAUUUGCCAUGAAUAGAAAGGAUUCUGCAUUCUCAAAUUCAAAGGCACAAUUGUAUGUGACAAAAGUGCUAGCAUCAUCUCCAUCUAUGAAGCAUACUAUUUCACCAUCUGCUGUUCCCCAACUUCGCGGUAAUACAAGGGCACUGCCAAUGAGAGUAGCUGCUAUGUGCAAAGUAUUGGUGCCCACCGUAUUUGAUAAACAAGGAGCACGACUACUUGCUGUUGCUGUUCUUGUUGUUUCAAGAACAUGGGUCUCAGAUCGUAUUGCAUCACUAAAUGGUACUACUGUGAAGUUUGUCUUGGAGCAGGAUAAAGCUUCCUUUAUUCGAUUAAUUGGUAUAAGUGUUCUCCAAAGUGCUGCAUCUUCUUUCAUUGCACCUUCUAUAAGACACUUGACUGCCAGGCUAGCCCUUGGUGGGCGGAUUCGUUUGACACAACAUCUACUCAAGAACUACUUAAGAAGCAAUGCUUUCUACAAGGUCUUCCACAUGGCAAGCAAAAAUAUCGAUGCAGAUCAGAGGAUAACUCAUGACUUGGAGAAGUUAACAUCAGACUUGUCAGGACUGGUCACUGGAAUGGUAAAGCCAUCUGUGGAUAUUUUAUGGUUCACUUGGAGAAUGAAGCUGCUAACAGGUCAGAGGGGAGUUGCCAUACUCUAUGCUUACAUGUUACUUGGUCUGGGAUUUCUAAGAACUGUUACUCCAGAUUUUGGGGAUUUGAUAAGUCAAGAACAACAACUUGAAGGAUCAUUCAGGUUCAUGCAUGAAAGACUUUGUACACAUGCUGAAUCUGUUGCUUUCUUUGGAGGUGGUGCUCGAGAAAAAGCUAUGGUUGAGUCUAGAUUCAGGGAGCUUCUCACCCAUUCCAAGUACCUUUUAAAAAAGAAGUGGUUGUUUGGUAUCCUGGAUGAUUUUAUCACAAAGCAACUUCCACAUAAUGUGACUUGGGGCUUGAGCUUGUUAUAUGCCAUGGAACACAAGGGAGACCGUGCAUCAAUAACCACUCAGGGUGAGCUAGCACAUGCAUUAAGGUUUUUGGCAUCUGUUGUUUCUCAAAGCUUUUUAGCCUUCGGUGAUAUUCUUGAACUGCAUAGAAAGUUUGUAGAGCUCUCUGGUGGAAUUAAUCGGAUUUUUGAGCUUGAAGAACUUCUGGAUGCGGCCCAGUCUGAGAAUUUCAUGAGUGUUAGUGCCACACCUCCAGUGAAGGGUAUUCAUUCCACAGAUGUCAUUUCCUUUUCAAAAGUUGAUAUCAUAACCCCUGCUCAAAAGAUGUUGGCCAGGGAGUUAAUAUGUGACAUUGAGCACGGAGGAAGCCUACUUGUUACUGGUCCAAAUGGCAGUGGAAAAAGUUCCAUUUUCAGAGUUCUUAGAGGACUCUGGCCAAUUGCCAGCGGAAGACUCUCUAGACCAUCUGAAGAUGUGGAUCAAGAAGCUGGAUCAGGUUGUGGCAUCUUCUAUGUUCCUCAACGGCCAUAUACAUGCUUGGGAACCCUAAGGGAUCAAAUUAUAUAUCCCCUGUCCCGUGAGGAAGCAGAGGUUAAAGCAUUAAAGAUGUAUGGAACAGGUGAAAAACAUGCUGACACCAAAAAUUUGUUAGACGCACGGUUAAGAGUUAUUCUAGAGAAUGUUCGGUUGAAUUAUCUCUUAGAAAGGGAGGAAGGCAACUGGGAUGCCAAUUUAAAAUGGGAAGACAUUCUUUCGCUUGGAGAACAGCAGAGAUUAGGGAUGGCACGCUUGUUCUUUCAUAAGCCCAAAUUUGGAAUCCUUGACGAGUGCACCAAUGCAACUAGUGUUGAUGUUGAAGAACACCUAUAUGGACUGGCGAAAGAUAUGGGAAUCACGGUUGUAACUUCAUCACAACGUCCUGCUUUAAUACCAUUCCAUUCCAUGGAAUUGCGGCUGAUUGAUGGUGAGGGUAAUUGGGAGCUUCGAUCGAUCGAGCAUUGAGUUCACCAUAGCAGUGUUGGUGCAUGGACUUGGUUUAGUAUUUGAGAUGUUACGGACUCGGUAUACAAUUUGAGAUGUUGUCGAGUCUUGCCCAAGUUGGCUGUUUGCAAUGUUUGCCAAUAAAGGUCAAUUCUAUAUAAUUUUAUUUUUAGUUCACCACAUUCUCCACGAUUCAAUGUUUACUCCGUUGACUUGAGCUGACAAACAAACAGCCCAAAUUGUUGAUUAUAAGUUGGAGCACCAACCAUUGCAUGAUCUCUGCAGUGUACAGUGAUCAAUUAUGUACAGAUCCCCCUCCCCCCUUCCCUUCUUAGGUAGUUGAUUUUGAUUCAUAUGUUGUAGCCAUUGGAUGUAAUGAUUAAUAUUUAAUUCUUUUAUCAAUAAAACAGAAGGAAAGAAGAGAAGCCCUAAG